UUUGGAGUCAACCAAGACUCAGAAGUGAACGUAGCAGCACAUACAUCGCUCUGAAACUGUUUUUACAUUUUCAUUCCAUUAUUUUAUGAUUUGUACAUUUGUGUAGAUAGAUUGUUUCUAUUUUUGUAAACGCGACAACAACGAGAUGGAACUUAAUUCUCUUUUAAUUCUGCUGGAGGCUGCAGAGUACUUGGAGAGAAGAGACAGAGAGGCAGAACACGGUUAUGCGUCUGUUUUACCGUACAGCAGCGACUUCUCCAGAAAGAAAACGAAAGCAUCGCCAAUUUCCAGAAAAACUCAGAACAAUAGAUCAUCACACAACGAGCUGGAGAAACACAGACGUGCCAAACUACGGCUGUAUUUGGAGCAGCUGAAGAAGCUGGUGCCUUUGGGUCCAGACAGCACGAGACACACCACUCUGAGCUUGCUGAAAAGGGCCAAGAUGCACAUCAAGAAGCUGGAAGAGCAGGACAGGAAGGCUUUAAACAUGAAGGAGCAGCUUCAGAGAGAGCACCGCUACCUCAAACGCCGCCUGGAGCAGCUCUCUGUGUCGGGAUCUGUGGAGCGCAUCCGCACUGACAGCAUGGGAUCCACAAUCUCCACCGACUCAGAGCAAGAGGUGGACAUCGAGGGCGUGGAGUUCACCCCCGGCGAGGCAGACAGCGUGGACAGCGUCAGCGACGGAGAGGAGGAGGACCACUACAGCCUCCAGAGCAGCUCCAGCGACACCAGCUACACGGCCACACAUUCCCACAGACUGCAGCCGCACCACUGUUAGACACCGCAGCGGCCAUCCAUCUGUCAACCAGCUUCCUCACCCCGUGCUUUCCUCCCCUCGCCGUACCUUCCCCCCGUGAUUUGCCAACGCCGCCCAACUACCUACGUCAGACCGGUCCACGACGGCGGUACACCCUGAACCCGUUCCUUCUCUCCAGGAAGCACACGAGGCUGCAAUGCCACUUAAAACCUUCCUUUACCACCCCCUCCUACCCACCCCCCAACCACUGACCCUACCUCACCCUGCUGUAUCCUGCCUGAACCUGCCCCUCCUGCCCUCUCACUGCCCUCACAACCCCGACCUAGCGUUGCUGCAGGCUCCGAGAGUGCAGAGCCGAGUUUGUGGUUUUUGUCUGGGAAUUCUGUGGCAUGGUGGACAGCUUUGACUUGUUAAUUGGCAGGUGCGUGCAUGUGUGUAAAGUGAAGGUGGGGAGUUUAAGAGAGGUCAAAAAUAUAAGCUACAGUCAUUUUAAUGUGGGAAUAAUACACAGACAACACACUGCAUUAUGCGUGUGAUGUGGAAGGUAAAGCACUUGUCUUUGUUCAGCAAUAUAUGCAACAUCAGGACCUCGAAAGUUGCUUUCGUCGUACGGUAUCUUCCUUUUACACAAGAUUUAAAGGAGAAGCUAUUGCAAAUGUCCUGCAGGUUCCUUGAAACAUCUGACUGCUGAAAAAUGUUGGGGGAAUACACUCAUUCUCUUUCUUGCUGAGAGUUAGAUGAGAAGAGAUCUGCCGCCGGCACCUCUAAAGCUCACAAAUUCACACGUUAAUCUGUACAAAAGUCAGUGUUAAGUUGUAAUUUUAUGGGAUUCACAUGUAAGUAGCUUGGUUGGUGGAGAAAUACAGGGUGUCCCUAAAGUCUGGACACAUAGGAAAUCUUAUUAACUAUCCUUUUUUUGCCUCCACAGAUUAAAUAUGGCUUUGUCGAAUGAAGAAAGAGUUGAACUGGUACUUCUCAGUGGUCAUAAAGGAUGGACAUAUUGAAAGAUAGCAGAUGAAUUUAAUACACGUGAUCGAAGGAGGAUUCUGCUUGGCUUUUCCACGGUGGCGAAAGUGGUUAAAAAGUUUAAAGAAUCGGACAGUGUCAUGGACAAACCCCGUUCUGGACGACCAAAUGUAUCAGCCAAAACUAAAGAACUGGUCAUGGCUAAAAUUCACGCUAGCCCCAAAAAAUCACUUCCCUAACCCUAACCUUAACUUUUGAUAUGUCUGUCCUUCAUGUCCACUAAGUACUAGUUCAACUCUUUCUUCUAUUGACAAAGCCAUAUUUAAUCUGUGGAGGCAAAAAAUUAUAGUUAAUGAGAUUUCUUAAGUGUCCAGACUUUAGGGACACCCUGUAGUGUAGCAGGUGACUGCAUUUUGAUGCUAUUAGAUGGUUUUUGUACACACUAAACAAACAAGAUAUAACAUAUUGAUUGGUGAGCUUUAGUGGUUCUGCAUAUUUCUUUAGACGGGCGGUUUCUAUUCUUUAUGCUAAGCUAACUAGCUGCAGGCUUUGGCUUAACAUUCCGGCACAUAUGAGAGUGCUGUUGAUCUUCUCAGUGGAAAAGUGAUCCAAAACUGUUUAAUUUCCAACAUUUUAGCAAAGUUGUAAAUGCACAGCAAUACCUCUAUAAGCUCAUGACUUAAAAUGGGACUUUUUCAGUAGCAGCUCUGUCACUUCUUUAUCACUGAGUGCAACACGAAAAAGUUUCAGAGCUCUAGCAGAGAAAAAAACCUGUAAAUAGAUGUACAGUUACUGUCCAGACCCUCACGUCUCCCUCUGGUUGGGCUGCCUAACCACUACUCCACACUACUGACCACUACACUAUACCACCCUAUGGUGUGGAUGGACUACUAUGUCAAAUAACAAAAAAAAGGAGUUGCCUCACAACUAAAACUCUAUUCUUUUAAAUAUAAAGUCACAUCUUGUGUUUCCUUCUCAGUAGCUAAUUGAUGUAGCAAUAAAUACAAGAGGCAGAGUGUCAAAUUGAUUCUGGUGGACCGUGAGGUGUUGUGGGAGACUUUUCUUGUCCCAAAUUAACCCUGUAGAUGGCAAGUUGUUGCUUACAGACAGCAAACCUGCAGGAAACUGGGCUGUCUUCCCCACUUUUUUAAAAUUUUCUUUUUCACUAAUGGAUCCUUCUCUGUGUGCACAACGCCAUCUACCCAGAAUGUGCACUUCUCUACAGCUCCGUUGCUUUUUCUGUUGCGAGCAGUAUUCUUGUGGGUUUAAAAAUGUGUAUAAUUCCAAUUAACAAGUCAAAGCUGUGAUCGUGGACACAAGGGCCAGCUGUAAUGAUUUUCUUCUGUCCUAGAAGCACCUAUUUUAGCAAACUAAUCACCUUUCAUUUCUAUAACAGCACUAUUACUCUUGUUUUCUCUGCUAUCUGUUCCUUAUUUCCGGAGCUUUGAGUACUGCUGAAGGCUGACGUAGGCAACGUUUCUUUCUCUAACUUGUAAGUAACUUAUGCACAAUAGUCACUAUUGACGGAGGAGGCGCUUCUGUCGCUCUCUGACCAUUUAAUAAUCAUUAGCACCCAGUCUCUGGCAGUCUUUAGAGCUUGGCACUUUAAAAACAAAAAGGGCCGGUCCACCGCGGGCGGGUCUGACCAAAAAAAUCAAAAACCUACAAAAGAGUCUGAAGAAAACGACAAAAAAUUGCAUACAAAAGAAGCUACUCAUCACUAAAAGUGAUGCUAGCCAGUGUAGUCUAUAUUUCUUGUAUUAAAUUUUGUAUUAUAUUUUCCUAAAUGUUCUCUUGUAAUGAAAAGACAAAAAAGAGUGAGUAUAUCUAGAUAUAUAUAUAUAUAUAAAAGAGAGACAGACCGACCGACCGACAAGGAGGCCAGGCUCGUUGAAGGGAGAGUGGGGGCAGGGGAGCUGAUACACUGGCCCCUCUCCCUUGGGUGACUCUCCUGCUGUCAUUCUGUGCCUUGGUGAGCCUUCGACCUUUCUCGUCCUCCUCCUCCUCCUCCCACCUCCUCACCCCCGGCCCCUACUCAGGUCACACUCCCCCUCCUCCCUCCCCUCUCUCCCUCUUCUUCUUCUUCCUCGUCUCCUCCGGCGGGGCUGAAAGCUUCGAUUUCAACCCGAAACACUUCCACAAGCAAAGAGGGGGGGGCGUGUGAAGAGAAGACCUCAAAAUACAGAAAUGACAAAAAACACAAAAAAACAAGUCCCCUUGGUCUCUACUGAAGCCGCUGUUGUACUACACUCUGUCCAGGCACUCCCCACCCACUCGAUGCCCACCCAUCUGCCAGUGCCGCCUCUGUCAUGGAAAAAUAAAAGAAAACACACACUGGUAAAACUCCCAUGGCAGCUUCCAGUCGCCCCCCUCCGAAUGGUCACCGACGGGGGGGGGUUUCGAAACUUCUGGGCUUGAAGCGUGUUUAUCUUUUUUUCUCUCGUCAUUUUAUUAUUGUAUGUUGACUAUGUAUGUGUUCGGUGGGAAUCACUGGGAGAGGAGCGAUAAAAGAAUAAUCCAAUCAAUGGCAGCUUAAGGUGUUAUCCUCCGAGCUCCUGGUGGUCCGUCCCAAAAAAUAGUGUUACCCGUUGAUCAGGGGACCUCUUGAGACACAGCAAUAUUACCAUCUUGUGCUUUCUGAGGGAGGGUGGGCGGGCAGGUUUUUUUUUGUUUGUUUGUUUGUUUUUAAAAAAAUGACAAGCAGGUGGUUUUGCUUUUGACUCUGUGGUGCAUUUUGGUGACCAACUCUUUAUUUUUGUUUCGAUGAUUUUACCUCCUAAUCUGCACUCUCUCCAUACACUGCAGGAGGGCAAAAAAAAUUGAACUAGACAUGAGAAAAAUGUUUUUUUUUUGUCAUCAAGAGUUUACAUUCAUGUCAAAAGAUUUGUACAUGACUGUUUGUAGCAAAAAUGUCCUUUUGAACAACUGAGUAAACCAUAUUAAUGGAAUAAGAUUAUUCUCUUGCACAGAACCUCCCCAGUAAGAAAAGCGACAGAGUGAAUGGGAUGAGCUCGGGGGCCAGAUAUGAGAUUAUAAUUUUUCAGUGGCGUCAUUGAAAAAUGUACAUAGCACAUGCAAAGCUCGCAACGAGUGGUUUACGAGCGGCUGACUGGACGUGGUAACAUUUAGCUUGAAUGUCGGAUGGAUAGUGUUUAUGGAAAUUCUUUUAAUGAUGUGCCUUGGAAAAAGUUAUUUUCUUUAAUAAGUUAAAAAAAAAAACAAAAAAAGAAGCAGAGAUUGUACCAAUUUAUGUAGACUGUUAAAUCAGGUUUGGAGAGGCAAAAGAAGAUGUUCGCGCUUCCCUUCUCAGAACAAACAGAGUGUAAUUUAGGGGUCAUUGGAGAGAAGAGGGCUAAAAACCCAAACUCCAGAGCGAGCGCAGAUGAGAUUUUAUGUUUGCUUUCAUGUUGCCAUUGCACAGAGAUUCGAUUCGAGCUCAGAGGUGUGGGGAAGUCAUCAGGCAGAGAAGAAAGAAAUCUGUGAUGAAAUAAGGGUCUGAUCAAGGCACUAAAUUGCAAAUACCGAAGACAUCUUUCUACCCCUAAGUCUGCCGAUUAAUGGUGCUCCUAAAAUCGACACAAUGACUUCCGUGAGAUAUUAUUCCUGCCAAAUAAACAGUCACUUUUAAUCCUUCCAUGACUAAUAAGAAUUCCUGUAUGUAAUUCGAAUAGCUUUAACUAUCUGUAGGCUUUAGGUCAGCUUCCCACUUUCCACACUUCAAGCCUUCAUGUCUUUAUUCUUGCAUCUUCGUGUAUCUUUUUGUGACACGCUGUCGAGGGCGAACUGGCUUUAGUUGAGGAUGACAAGGAGUUUGUUUAGGGCUGACACACUGUGCAGAGUCGGGAGAGUUCUGUGCCAGAGACCUGUGAAUAUGUUCCUUUAUAGCGGAUGUGUAAUAUGCAUUCAGAAGAUGUUAUAUAAUUUCCUUUUUUUUUUUUUUGUUUAUUUUUUUGUGUGUGCGAGUGUGUGUACACGAGUACCUGGUGCUGGCUACAUAUUAGCAAACACUUGAAGGUAUCGCGUAUUCUCUCAUUGUAAUAUAAUUAAAAUGUUUUAUACAUAAAGACGUCAAAGCCUCA